UGAUGCUUUGCGCGUGACGAACGCGGAAGUACGGCUGACAUGAAAUUCACCGGCGAGUCAAUGACGGCGUGCGUGUGAGUGAGUGGAGAAGCGAUUUCCGGUGACAAACAACAACAACAGCAUCAACAACAAGAACAACAGCAUCUCCACACGAGGCUCUAGCUACUGUGUGCCCCACAUGGCCAAGCGACUGCUGAAGGUGACGUCACUCGCGACUGCGCUCGUCGCCUCGUCUGGUUUUUACCUGUACUCUCAGAAAGUCGACCUCAACGACCUCAGCAUCGUCAGAUUCGGCCGAGCGGCUGCUACGACAGCAGUUAUCAGUUAUGACUAUCUCACCACUCUGCGAGAAGCUCAGCAUGGAACAGAGGAGUUCUGGACCCUCAAAUCAAAGGUUCACAGACGUUCAGCCGAGAGGCUCAGAGACCUGUGCUGUGCAAACCGUGGCACGUUCAUUAAGGUGGGGCAACAUCUGGGUGCUCUGGACUACCUCCUGCCCGAGGAGUACACGAGCACUCUGAAGAUCCUCCACAGCCGAGCUCCAGCCAGCACCAUGCAGGAGAUCCAGCAGGUCAUCAGAGAAGAUCUGGGCAAAGAGCUGGGCGAAUUGUUUGUGAGCUUCGAGGAGAAGCCACAGGGGGCAGCGUCUCUCGCUCAGGUGCACAAGGCCGUCCUGCCUAACGGCACCACGGUGGCGGUCAAAGUGCAGCAUCCAAAAGUUCAGGCUCAGAGCUCCAAGGACAUCAUGGUGAUGGAGUUCCUUCUGCAGGCGGUUCAUUGGCUCUUUCCAGACUUUGCAUUCAUGUGGCUGGUAGAAGAAGCAAAAAGGAACCUGCCUCUCGAGCUCGACUUCCUCAACGAAGGACGAAAUGCUGAGAAAGUGUCUCACAUGCUCAAGCACUUUGACUUUCUUAAGGUGCCAAAGAUCCACUGGGACCUUUCAACCAAGCGUGUCCUGAUCAUGGACUUCGUUGAGGGAGGGCAGGUGAACGAUCGCGAGUACAUGGCGAAGCACGGAGUAGACGUCAACGAGGUUUCCAGGAAUUUGGGCAAGAUGUACAGCGAGAUGAUAUUCGUGAACGGUUUCGUGCACUGCGACCCUCACCCUGGCAACGUGCUCGUGCGAAAGUGCCCCGAAAGCAACAAGACGGAGAUUGUUUUACUCGAUCACGGCUUGUAUCAGUUGCUGAAGCCGGAGUUUCGUCUGGAUUACUGCAGACUGUGGCAGAGUCUCAUAAAGGGAGACAUGAAGGGGAUCGAGCGUUACAGCAGACGCCUGGGGGCCGGAGACCUGUACCCUCUGUUCUCCUGCGUCCUCACGGCCCGCUCCUGGAGCUCGGUCAGCACCGGCAUCAGCCACACGCCCGUCACAAGCGCAGAGGAUGUGGAGAUUCGCACGAACGCAGCGAUGUACCUUCCUCAGAUCAGCGAGCUGCUGAAUCGGGUUCCUCGGCAGAUGCUGCUGCUGCUGAAGACCAACGACCUCCUAAGGGGCAUCGAGACGGUGCUGCAGACCCGCAGCUCCAGCUCCUUCAUCAGCAUGAGCCGCUGCUGUACACGGGCCCUCGCCAGUUAUAAAAGGAGUAAGACGAACUCGAGGAUGAGGAGGCUGCAGAUCAGCAUGUCCGAGGCGCUCUCUCUGUGUCAGAUCGGUCUGUAUGAAGUGGUGAUGUGGAUUCGGAGUUCGUUGUUGGUGAAGUGGAUGCACCACGUUCUCGGCUGGUUGCCGUCCGCACAUUAAAGGGGGUUAAAGAACUUUAAAGAAGGUUCAGGAUGGACCCUUGUCUUGCACCUCGCCGCAUUUCCUCAAUCUCCUAUGCUGAUCGUCAAUCCAUCCACACGCCACCAUCACCAACCACACAGCGAGACCAGAACCCGAGAAGAUCUACAGUACAGAGUGACAGAGUUCAGUCAGUAUUAAUGUGGUGAUAUCAAAAGUUUUAAGACUAGUUCUGUAACACGCCAACAGAUGGCAGCACAAGGCUGCACGCACAGUCACAGGGAGCACCGACCUUCAUAAGUCAGUGUGCCAAAAGACAAGUACACAUCGAGCGCUGGUGCUAUUCGGACCACGUAGUUUUCAAGUUAUUACGAUUUAGAAUUAAAGCUGCAUAAUCAUUAAUAUAACUGUAAUGUUUUUCCUGUUUUUGUUUCCCCCCCCAGACAAUCCUGUAUUGUUUUACGUGUCUUAAUGUCACACAGCAGGUUUAAUCUUAAACAGAACAUUUUACUUUA